AUGCUCUACGUAUCACAAUAUAUUGCUGAUUCGUCAGCCGCCAGCCUGUUCUCCUUCAUGCAGGUCUUCUACUCGCCGAAGCUUGAUACUUCUUCCCUGUUAGCCACCGUCGUGCGUACCACAUUUUUGGCCUUUUUCUCGUCGUCGUAUGCGUCUGAUGCAGCUCUUUAUCAAGCUCGUAUCAAUUACGGGCUAGCACUCACCCUCGCUAGAAAAGCAAUUCAGUCACCUGAACAGGCGAGAACAGACACCACUUUGUUCUCUUUGAUGCUAUUGAGCGCUUUAGAGAAGUUCUCCCAUUUCCGAGAAGAGGAGCAGCCACUUUACUCAGAUGGUCAUUUGAAAGGGGCUUUGGGGCUGAUGUUCUUGAGGGAUGACAGUCAGUUUGGUAGCAAAGUAGGCAUCACGAUGCUCCUACAGCUAAGUGAACUGGUCACCCUCAACUGCCUUGCGAAUGAGUCUGAGAUCCCGCCCUCUCUCUUUUCAUUGAGACGGAGGGCGCUUCGAAGUAUUGAUCCUUCGUCUUCCAGGUGGAGGUUCUCGGAAGUUCUGCUACAGUAUGCGCAUCUCCAAAAUCUCAUCCGAGCCGGCCUUUCCCAUGAACAGGCUAUACUCCAAGCUGGAUUUCUUGAUGGAGAACUCGAUCGAUUGUCACAAGACUUGCGUUUUUUCAUCCCCAGUAAUCGGAGUCUCUUACCACCAGAGCUUACAAAGCCUACGAAAGAUCAUUGUGCGGACCAUAACACUAGAAAAGGCUGGAAUAAUAUUCGCGUGGUCCGCAUCUUGCUGGCUGAGGUCAUUCGCGAACAAUGCAUACACCUUCUCAGAACUGCCACAGACAACGAGGCCUCAAUCAUGGAGAAACUUCGUCGAUCGACUCACACAUCGAGUGCGCUCAGUCUAGAGAUUUGCCACUCGGUUCCAUACAGCAACUCUCAGCAUGCGCUCACUUCCGACCUUUCCAGUGUGCAGGUAGCCUCGCUAUCUUUUCAUCUCUACGUGACCAAAGUAGUAGGCGUCAUCUCCGACCACAUGCGUCAGUCCAUUCUUGAACGGAUGCAGGCUUUACAACAGGGACAGUUACCUGGACAUCAGAGACUGCUAGCCGAAUUACAACAGCAGACCCAUCGACGAUCAAAUGUCUGGGAAAUGUGGCUUAAAGUUGGAAAAGAAGAUUUCUCAGUGUGA